AUGAGCUGCAGCGACGUUCGUCUGCACUCGGACAAGGUCGGCGUCGUCGUCUCGGCGCGGACGAUGGACUUCAACUUGGAUCUGCAGAGCACGCUUGAGAUCGUGCCGCGCGCGACGCUCAUCCAAGAGCCACUGGCGAAAGACUGCACGUCGUGCGCCGACUAUGGCUGGCGCAACCGGUAUGGCUUUGUCGGCCUCAACAUGCUCAGCCUCAACGUCGCGACGGACGGACUCAACGAGGCCGGGCUCUCGGCGGCGUGGCUCUACCUCGUCGGCACCACGUACCCGACACCCAACAUGACGGACCCGCGGCCCGUUGUGACGUCGGUCAUCACGUACAUUUUGGGCAACUACGCGACUGUCGCCGAUGUCAAGACCGGCUUGGCCAGCAUCCAAAUCGCCGAGCCGCACCCGGGCGUGUCCAAGCUCUUGGGUACAGACUCGGGGUUCCAGUCGCUGCCGCUGCACAUUGCCGUGCACGAUGCGGCGGGUGAGAGCCUCGUGGUCGAGUUCCUCAACGGCACCGUGCAUAUGCAUGACAACCCGAACGGCGUCAUGACCAACGCGCCGCCGCUGCCAACGCACCUCGCGUCGCUAGCCAACAUGGAGAAGAAGAACGCUAGCCUCCCGGGCGGGUACGACUCGGAGUCGCGCUUCUUGCGUCUCUCGCUACUCAACGACGUCGUGGCACAGCCGUACUUGGCAGCGACGAGCUACAACGCGUCGACACCCGAGCAGGCGAGCAUCUCGGCCGCACUGCAUCUCAUUGACACGGUCACGAUCCCCGUCGCCGCCUUGCGCCAAGGCGGGUCCACGCAGUUUACCGUCGUGCGUGACCACGUCCAGCGCAAGCUGUAUGUCAAGGCGACGCAGAACCAAGUGCUCCGCCUCGUCGACGUCGGGUCGCUCGACUUAACGAACGCUGGCCUGCGCAAGUCGAUUCCCGUGACGUUUGGCGACUGGUUUGUCAACGUCACGGACGCCCUUCUCGCCGCGACGGGCCACUCGAAGGACAUGCCGCCGCGCAGCUUCGUGGUCGCUGCGCUUCGGUCGGCGCCGGCCAAAACGCAGCUUGCAACGCAUGCAGCUGCAGACCAGUCGCAUGCGCUGACCUUCGCCCUCGGCACAAUCGUGGGCAUGACCAUGAUGGCGAUCGUAAAUGCGGUGGUGGCCAAGUACCGUCGCUACACGUACGUGUCGAUUCAAUCAUAGACAGAGUUGUCCUCGUCGCUUGUAGCUGGAUGCGUACAAUUAGCUAGUAUAUUCUACUAGUAUAAAUGUGCC